AUGUUCCAUUUAAUAAUGCAUUUCGAAAAAAAAAUUGACAAUUCAUCCAAUGAAACACCAACAAAUGAUGAAUUAAGUAAAUGGAAACCAUCAAUUAAUAAAUCUCGUCUUCCAACAACAAAUAAAAUCACAACACAGAUUGAUGUUAAUGUUAAAACAUCAAAUGAAAAUAUUAAUGAUGAAGAACAUUGCAAUAUUGGUGAAUAUGCAAGACGUUUACGUCAGUUGAUUGAUUCUGGUGAUGAAAAUAUUCAUCAACGUCUUUUUAUUGAUUUAAAUCCUGAACGAAGAUGUGCUCGUCUUAAAUUUGAUGAUACUAUUUUUAAAGCUACUCUCUAUGACUUACCAUCUAUAAUAGAAACAUAUAAAACAUUUUAUCGAAAAUUUUAUAUAAAAUAG